GUCAUGAAAGUGUUUGUAAACAACUCUGUCAGAAGGUAACUUAUUAGCCGCACUCGUAUCGUCAGCUCUGUCAGUUACUCAUACGUGUCAGCAAAUGGCGAAGCAAACUGGAGUCGGACCAAUUCCCACACAUAUCCUUGAGUGUCAAAACAUCCCCCAAAGUGUCCCUAAUCUUGGGAUAUGAAGGGUAUUUGAGCUCACGCUUUCUCAAUGUCUUUAAGCCGACAGGAUGACACCACUGUAACCUCAGUGACUAAUUCAAAGCCUUGUCAGUAGCCAUAGUGUUCCUGUUGUAGAUCAUCGAGAUCCCUUUCAGUACCUGUGCACUGCUGCCCUGUUGGAAUAAGAUGCCUUGGCCAUUUUCUGAGUCUAUCAAGAAGCGGGCAUGCAGGUACCUACUGCAUCGGUACCUUGGCAACUUUCUGCAAGAAAAGCUGAGCUUGGAUCAGCUCAGUUUGGACCUUUAUCAAGGCACUGGAUCACUUGCACAGGUGCCACUGGAUAAAUGGUCGCUAAAUGAGCUCCUUGAAACAGCGGAUGCUCCUUUUGAGGUGAUUGCAGGGUUUAUCCAGACAAUUUCUCUAACCGUCCCCUGGGCAGCCCUGCUACAGGAAAACUGUGCCCUGGAGGUCAAGGGUUUAGAAAUGGUGCUCAGACCAAGGCCAAGAGUGGCAUCUGGUACUGAGCCCAUGUACUGGUCCAGUUUCAUGACGAGUAGUAUGCAGCUUGCCAAAGAAUGUCUGAGCCAGAAACUCACAGAUGAUAUGGGAGAGAGCUUCCAGCCUUUUGAGGGAUUGGAGAAAUUUGCGGAAACUAUAGAGACAGUUCUGAGGAGAGUUAAAGUGACAUUUUUGGAUACUGUUCUUCGAAUUGAACACAUUCCUGAAAAUUCCAAAACUGGAAUCGCUCUUGAAAUUCGAAUCAACAAGAUUAUUUAUUGUGACGAGACAGGCGAAGAAAGUUCAAGUGUGAAUGUGCACCAACCAACAACAUUUGCACAUAAAAACCUGCAGAUGGAAGGCAUCACCGUGUUUUGGGAUGAGUUUUCAGACAUCUCCCGUGCUGGUUGUAAAUCUUCGCCCACUCAAACGGAAACUGAGCCAAAACUCUCACCUAGCUGGAAUCCCAAAAUAAUAUGUGAGCCUCACCCCCAGUUCACAGAACCUGUAUCCUCUACAACACCGUUUGAACCUGUGCAGGUUGGGAGCCUCUGUGGUAAAAUCGAGUUGUCCCUCACUCUGAAAAAUAACCUGGCUAUGCCUGGAGCAAAGCUGGAUGUUGUUGGGCAUAUUGACACACUUAUUAUUCUGCUAUCCCCUCGCCAAGUUCAUCUUCUUCUUGACUUGUUUGGAGCCUUCUCUGGUGGAGCUGCACAGGAGUGGGCAAAGGAUAGAAAAAGCCGACCGAUGCAGCAGGAGGACGAGUAUCGACUCCACAUGGAACUGAACCGCUGCCUGAAGAAGGAUACUGCUGUGGCAGGAGCAGACCCGGACCUCUUUGAGAGUCAGACCACCAGAACUGUGUCUAGUCGAGAUGAUGUGUUCUUCUCCAUGGCUGACAUGGACAUGUCUCACAGCUUAUCAUCUCUCCCUCCUCUGGGUGAACCACCCACUGUUGACUUGGAUUUGUCACUUAAUAGCAACUACUCUGCAUCCCCUGGAGAAUCUCCUUCUGGCAACGCAACAGCUCUGUGGGAUGAUUACAUGGAUGUUCCUCGACAAAGAGAGAAGCAGACAAAUGAAACUCCCGUCCAGUCAAGGGAUUCACAGCUCCCUCAAAAAUUACUGAGACAGACCUCCCAUCCAUCCAAAACACAUGGCGAUGAGUCUAGGCCAGAGCUGGUGCUUAAACUGACUCUGAGUAGCCUGGCGGUCUCGGUCCUCCACAUCGACCCACUGCCACCACCAGAUGCUACACCCAGUCCACUCGGCCCCUUGGCUGCACACUUCUUCAGCAUGGUGGGGCCUGGGUGCCUCUCUCCAGCUGCUUUUAUUCAGUCCCGAAUGGUGUUUAACCAGGCCUGUCCCCAUGACCAUCUCAGGUUUGUGGGCCAGGGCCUGAAGAUUAACUAUGAGCACUGUCAGGGAUCCAGCCUGCGCACUUUCAGCACAGACGUCUCCCUUAAUCAGAUGGAGUUUCUGGAGUGUCUCUUCCCAUCUGAGGCUGUCAUUGGCGGCUACCAAAGAGGCAUUCAGUACACAGAGCUCCUGACAUUUGACACCUUAGCCGGUGCUGAUGCGCCGCUCACCACCUGCCUUCACCUGCUUUACAAACUGGCAGAGCGGAGAGGUCCUCAGGGGGGCCAAGUUCGCCUUAGCACCAUCCCUAGGAAAGCUGAGAUCCAGGUGGAGCUGGGUCGUGUGCGCUCUGAGCUCGACAUCAGCAUUGUAGACCGACUGAACUCUUUACUACAACCUCAGAAGCUGGCAACAACAGAGCUGAUGGCCUCCCAUUUGUACACAUCAUACAAUAAACAUGUCAGCUUGCAUAAGGCCUUUACUGAGGUUUUCCUUGAUGACAGCCAUACUCCAGCCAACUGCCACAUAUCGCUGACAGUCAAUGCCCCAGUGCUGGGCCUAACGGUACGCUUCCCUAUCCCUGACUUGCGCUCAGAUCAGGAGAGAGGGCCCUGGUUUAAGAAGUCCCUUCAGAAAGAAGUUUUACUCCUGGAGCUGGAAGACCUGGAAAUGAAAACAGAGUUCAUGGGUGGCAGCUCUCCAGACCAAACCAAGAUGGAGCUCACCUUUAGGGAGCUAAUUGGGAAGUUUCAGGAGGAGCCAGAUCAACCAGCUACUCGAUUUCUCAGAGUGUCCCACACAAUGGAUGGAGACAUGACUACAUCUGAAAGUGUCAAGUUUGACUGGCCAAGGGUUGUGCUGAAGAUGAACCCCACUGCAGUCCACUCAAUCCUAGAGAGGGCGACAGCUGAAGAUGAUGAGGGUGCUGAGGACCAUUCUCUUGAAGAGGAAGAGGAAGAAGGGGCUGCUCAUUCACUGAAAGAUGUGUGUGACUUUGGGAAACCAGAGCCGUCACCCUUUUCGUCACGAAGGGUUAUGUACGAGAAUGAAGAGAUGGUUAUUCCUGGUGAUGUCGCUGAGAUGACAGAGUUUCAAGAAAAAACCAUGAACAACUCUCGCUUUGUCCUUGAGUUGUGUUUCCCCAACGUGCAAUUAGUCCUCCCCAACAAGGCAUUUUAUGAGAAGCUUCACAACAGGAUAAACAAUGACCUGCUGCUGUGGGAGCCCACUGCUCCAUCUCCAGUGGAGACGGUGGAAAGCAUGCCUUAUGGAGUUGGACUCUCUGUUGCCAGUCAGCUGAUCAACACUUACUCCAAAGACAGCUUCAGCCAGUUUCGCUCCACAGGUCCUGAGGAUGAGACCAGUGGUUCUGAGGAGGAGACCAUGCACUAUUACUGUCCUGCAUCUGACCUUGGCCUUAGGUCUCGCAAGAAGAAAAAACCCAAAGCUCAGUGCAAGACCUCGCAGAGCUUGUUCUCCGUCAUCCUCAGUGUCAAUCAUGGCCUGGUGGCUCUCCAAACUAAUGCCAAGAAGGAGGAUAAAAGUGUUCUGAAAAACAGACAUGGCGAGUUCUGGCUGGAGGUGAAAAAUGCUGUGCUCUUUAGUGUGACGCAAUAUGAAGGCUACAAAGACCAGCACUAUGUCUGCUUCCACACCAGCAAUGUUGGCAUGUAUCAUCAAGGACUUUUGGAUGGAGGUACUUCUGUCUCAGAAAUCAAGUUACCAGGCAGGACGCAUCCACACUGGUUAGAGCCCACUAUCUACCAAUCAGAGACGUCUCCCGAGAGAUCUUCAACACCCUCGGAGGGCAUCGGUCUGGAGGCCCGCAGCAUGGUUUCUGUUGCUGUCAAAAUCUCAUCACAGAACACAGAACGCAAUGUUAAGGAGUUUCUGGUUGCUAUUGGAGUGAGAGGAGCCACCCUCCAGCACAGAGUGGUCCCUCCCAGUCUGGGUUGGUAUGACCAGAUUGUUGACUUUCUGAAUGUUUCUGAUGAGCCUGUGCUGGGUUACGCCCCUCCAACAUCUGUCACAACCUUACAUUUACACCUGUGGAGCUGCUCUUUAGACUACAGACCCCUUUACCUGCCAGUCAGAUCACUGCUGGUUGUGGAGACUUUCAGCAUCUCCAGCAGCGUCUCAUUAGAUCACUCCUCAUCUACACUCAGGAUCAUUUUGGAUGAAGCUGCUCUGUUCCUGUCAGACAAGAAUAACGCUGUCUCGGUCAAUCUAGUACGAGACUAUGUCCAAGUAGUCGACAUGGGAACACUGGAGCUGAGGAUUACGGCUGUCAAGCCUGGAGUAGAUGGAAAAUUGUCAGAGCCCAGGUUUGAGCUGCGCUGCUCCAGCGACGUUAUUCACAUCAGAACAUGUUCGGACUCCUGCGCCGCUCUCAUGAACCUGAUCCAGUAUGUAGCAAGUUAUGGAGAUCUGAUGCCUCCUGCAGAACCUGAGACCAAGCACAGCAGCUCAACUCAGAAAACAAAGGUGGAGUUUCCUAGUCGGCUCACCUCUCAGACCCCACUGCUCGCUGAGACAGAGCAGCAGAUCCUGCAGGAUCUGAUGAGUGAGGCAAUGGAGGAGACAGAUGGGCAGCAUGUACCAGGACUGCAGCAAAAUGGUGCACAUGAGGAACAGAAUCAAGAUCAUGACCCGCCUCGCUCUGACCUGUUCUUGUUCCCGGAUGAGAGUGGGAACAUAACCCAGGAUUUGAGCCCCACCUACCCUCUACUUCACUCUCCUUUGAUCACUCCUGUGCCUUCGCUUGCCCAAGAAACUGAUGACUUUUGUAUUCUUGAGACACCAGGUUCAAGAGGAGAGGAUCUCGAUCAGGAGCCAGUGGUAAAGCAGCUCACCUCGGACAUUGUGGAAAUCAAAGACGAUCACUUCAGUCAGCCCCUAUAUGGGAGCGACACCAGCCGUGGAGCUAUGAACUUUCCCAUCCCAGAAGUACGAUACCUUAUCAAAGAGAUCUCUGUUGUCUGGCACCUUUACGGAGGGAAAGACUUCGGGAGUGCGACUUUCACAGCAUCACCUGCUAGAAGCCGAGGGUCUACACCUCAUAGCUCCCCCUCUCAAACUCCAGUGAGGCAGGCCAAGACUUCAGGACGCACAGGCGGGGGAAAAGGAAGGAACCCGGACGUCCUGAUGGAGAUACAGCUCAGCAAGCUGAGAUUUCAGCAUGAGGUGUACCCACAGACUCAAGUUGCAUCUGGGUCAGCGAUGGAUCAGCCUGUCUCUAGGCAGGUGUUCAUUGUGCAGGACUUGGAGAUUCGAGACAGAUUGGCUACUUCACAAAUGAACAAGUUCCUGUAUUUGUAUUCUAGCAAAGAAAUGCCCCGAAAAGCUCAUUCUAACAUGUUGACAGUUAAGGCUCUGCACAUGUGUCCUGAGUCAGGCCAGGCUCCACAGGAAUGCUGUCUGCGGGUUUCCCUGAUGCCUCUACGCCUCAACAUCGAUCAGGAUGCCCUCUUCUUCUUGAAGGACUUUUUCACCAGUCUUGCCACUGAAGUGGAGUUUUUUUCUCCGCCUGCUCAAGAAGCUGUCAGUGUCUCCACAAAAAAAGCAUCCGCUCCAGAGAUCUCCUGCAGCUUCUCCAAGCAUGCUGGCAGCAGUCAGGACCCAGCCCCAAUCAUCUCAGUACCUGCUCAGAGACGCCUGAGCCACAAUGGAUUCUCCACAUCUAGCAGAGAGGAACUGAAUGACAGUGAAGCUUCUGCUGCUCCCUUCACAGACCAGCCUAUCUUCUUUAGGGAGUUUCGGUUUACUUCUGAGGUUCCCAUUCGCUUGGAUUACCAUGGGAAACAUGUUUCAAUGGAGCAGGGAACAUUUGCAGGGAUCAUUAUCGGGUUAACACAGCUGAAUUGUUCAGAGCUGAAACUGAGGCGCCUUUGCUACAGACAAGGAUUAUUAGGUGUGGAUAAGCUGUUUUCCUAUGCAAUAAAUGAGUGGUUAAAUGACAUUAAGAAGAACCAGCUUCCAGGAUUAUUGGGUGGAGUGGGGCCAAUCCACUCUCUGGUACAACUAGUUCAGGGAUUCAGAGACUUGGUGUGGCUGCCGAUUGAGCAGUACAGAAAGGAUGGUAGGAUAGUGCGAGGGUUUCAGCGUGGCACUGCCUCCUUUGGAACUUCUACGGCUAUGGCUGCUCUAGAGCUCACCAACAGGAUGGUGCGGACAAUUCAGGCAGCAGCAGAAACAGCAUACGACAUGGUGUCUCCUGUCCCAGAUGAAAGAGACAUGAAGAGGAUAAAACGUUUCUCACAUUAUGGCCUGGCUCAUCAGCCUGUGGACCUGAGAGAGGGUGUGGCCAAAGCCUAUACUGUCGUAAAAGAGGGGAUCACAGACACGGCUCUGACCAUCUACGACACCGCCACCAGAGAGCACGAGCAACGUGGGAUGACAGGCGCUGUGGGUGGAGUUCUCCGCCAGCUCCCACCAGCAGUGGUCAAACCUCUCAUUAUGGCCACUGAAGCCACCUCCAACGUCCUGGGUGGGAUGAGGAACCAGAUUCACCCCGAUGCCAGACAGGAGGAGUCUCAAAAAUGGAGGCAGGGUGAGGAGUGAUUCUCGUUGCCAUGUGGUACCUCAAAUCAUGACUGUGCAGAAGCAGCAAAUGGUGAAAAUAAUAGAAAAUUUUCUUUAUGAAGACAUCUCAGAGGUUUAUUAAAGCUCUGAUGUAAAUAAACUCUGUUCAUCUCAUGGCAAUUUGAGCUACCGUGGUUCAGCUUGUGUCAGUUCCUUCACAGUGCCUUCAUGGUUAUCAGCAAUUAGCCACAGUACAUUUAAUCAAAGGGAUGAAAAUAAUGAGCCACAUUUUGUCUUAAUGUGGAAAAUGCUCUAUUGUGGAAUAAACAAUGGCAUUAAAGAUAUAAAAUCCUAACAAUAAAGACAUAGGCUGCUUUCACGAGGUGCAGAAAUUAGCUUCAUUCUCAAACAGCUGUUUACAAGAUGUGUGUUGUUGCGUUCCCCAUCCUAUUUGAUGUCAACAGACACUAAUAAUCUAGUUAUAUUGACCUGUAAUUUAUAAAAACUGCACUGUAUGUUGGCUUUAUUUACUGUAUAUAUUCCUGAUGUGUUACAUUUCAUGCAAAUAUGAGAGAACAAAUACAGAUCUGAAUGUUUGAAGUUCUGUAAUCAGCACUUUUAAGUGACUCAAAAGGUUGCUUCCUCAAAUGAAUGACACAUGGGAAGAUCACUCAGAUUUGUGAUAGUUUUGUAAUUUUAUUUUGAGCUGUGAUCAAUGUUGUAUACAUUUUGAGAAAGCUGCUGUGACAAGAUGUUUUUGAAAGUUAAAAAACGUUCAAAUGUUUCAUUCUUUCACUUUGCUGCUCACAUUUCACACUGUUGACACAAAACAGUCCACCCAAACUCUUGAAGAAAAGUCUUAAAUCCUGUGUACAAGAUUUUUUUUAAGUGUAUGUUUGAUUUUUGAUUUUUAGCUUGAAGGUGUAUUGCAGACAUUUUGAUUGACCCAUUUUGUUGUUUAUGUGGCCAGGAUAAUAUUCCUUGUACAUAGGUGUACAGUUAAAUUGAUGAAUUUGUAUUAAAAGCAUGAAAGGGAAAUAAAAACAGUUAUACCCAUGAAAUAAA